CCAAUCAGAUAACACGUGUCUUAUGACAUCAUCACAGCGCGACGGAUUCAUAUCAACAAACAGCAGAAGCUUUCUGUGGCGAACUUUCGCCAGAGAUUUUCAUUAUUAUAAGUGAAUGCCCGUGGUGUGUCACUUGCUGCUGCCUUUGGAAUGGGCCAGCAGAUCUCAGGACAAGCGGCGCGUAUCCCUGAGAAGUUGCUCAAACAUGUCGGCUUGAUGCGGGACAGCGGCUACCUCACCUACGAGGAGUUUUUGGCCAGGGUGGCGGAGCUCAAUGACUUGACUGCUAAAUUAGCUGCGGGGCAACACAAGCACCUGCUGUUUGAGGUCCAACCGGGAUCGGAUGCCAGCGCCUUGUGGAAGGUAGCUGUUAGGAUCCUUUGCACUAAGAUCAACAAGACCAACGGCACGGUUGAGGCGUCGCGCAUCAUGAAUCUGUACCAGUUCAUCCAGCUGUACUGUGACAUGACCAGCCAAGCCGCCAGUGUGCUGGCCGCAGAGGGCGCCGCCGCCGCCACCACCACCACCAAUCCAGAGGCUUCUUGCAUGCCACCUCUCGCCCCUGACGCCUGUCAGGCCAGCAUGUGGAUGGGCAGAGUGAAGGAGUUGACUGAUGACGAGGAGUGCUGCAUCUGUAUGGACUGCAAAGCCGACCUCAUCCUGCCGUGCACUCACCGCUUCUGCCAAAAGUGCAUCGACAAAUGGAGCCGCAACUGCCCCAUGUGCCGCCUACAGGUGACGGCCGCCAACGACUCGUGGGUGAUGUCCGACUUCCCCACCGAGAACGACAUGGCGGGAUACAUCCUCAACUUGGCCGACGAGGCGGGACACCCGCAUCAGCCUUGACGCGACAAGUAAACAAAAAACACGUCACUUUCACUGAACAUUCUCUCGUGGUUGGGAGUAGGUGUGCUGCAAAAUGUUGCUGGAGGUCACAUGACACCAGAACCUCCAAAGUGGAACAAUCCGUUCCACGAAAAAAAUCGUCUUUCCCAUCGGAACUCAUGUUCUCGGGUCAAACUAGUGCCAUCAUAAAAUCCUCAUGAUCCUAUCAUAUUAUUAUUAUUAUUAUUUACCAUAUGAACUCACGGAAAAAAAAUU